CUGUGUUUUGCUCCAUUCUAGUCCUGCUUGUCACACUACAAUAGAAGGUUCGAGGAUUGAUGCAUUCAACCAUGUGGCACCACAACACGCUCCUUCUGGCAAUGUGCGGGCUGGCUCUCACACAAUGUACUGCCUUUCCGCUGUGCCAGGAUAUACAUUCCAGUUGUAGAGAGUCGAACUGUCUUCAGCCAGGUAUAGACUCUUUCUGCAAGAAGACAUGCGGCCUUUGUCAAGAAGAGUGCAAGUCGGGAUAUUUCCAGGAUGGCUUCUCGUGCAGACAAUGCAAGGAUGCUGUCGAUGUACAGUCAGUCGAAUACACAGAUGCAUGUGGUGUUCCCUGUAGCCAGAGCCACAUGUGGGGUGCAGAUUGUCUUACUCCAUGUAGUACAGGAUGCAGGAAUCAAACAUGUGACCGGUGGGAAGGGCACUGUCUUCAAAACUGCCUGCCAGGUUACUAUGGACCUACAUGUGAUUUAACUUGUGACACGUGCAGGUCGUGUGGAGACGGUGUUGAGACGUGUGACAAUGAGGGGAUGUGUCUGUGUGGCUGCAAGACAGGAAAACUAGGAAACAAAUGUGACCAAAACUGUCCAAACUGUGAAAUGUGUACAGGAAAAAACUGUACAUGUCAAGAAGGAUUUCGGGGUGCGUUGUGUACAGAGAGCUGUGCGAACUGUAAAAGAUGUAAUGGAGACAGUUGUACAUGCAAGGCUGGAUUCCAUGGAGAUGGCUGCACCGCCCCCUGUCACCUGCGCUGCCUCUAUAACGUAUGUGGUCUGGAAGGAGAGUGUACACGGGGAUGUGAAGUAGGGUGGUAUGGACGUUUGUGUGAAAAACAGUGCAAUAACUGUGUCAGAGAAACAUGCUCAUUCAACGGGACAUGUACAUCAGGGUGCAAUAGCGGGUGGUCUGGUGACAAGUGUGACGAAGCCUGCAAUGUCAACUGUGAGGACGAACUGUGUUAUCGUAACGGAACCUGUGAAAGAUGCAAACCCGGUUUCCAUGGAGACCAAUGCAACAGCCCAUGCAGCAGUCACUGUAAUAACCAGAGAUGUGACAGGAAUGGAACUUGUGAAUCUUGCAGAGUUGGAAACUUUGGGGAAAUGUGUGAGCGACAGUGUGGUUCCAACUGUAUGAAUCAUGCCUGUGAACAAAUGUCAGGAAAGUGUAUCCAAGGCUGUACCACAGGCUGGUACGGAGAUACGUGUCAUCUGGAAUGUCCCGACCAAUGUGCCUCAGAGUCCUGCUACAGAGAGACUGGUUCAUGUAAGUCUUGUAUGCAGGGAUUCAAAGGCUCCCACUGCAACGCUUCGUGUCCACAGUUCUGUACUAAAUGUGAACAAUAUGUUGAAAAAUGUCUCUCUUGUCAACAACAACUUUUCGGCAAGAUGUGUGACAAACGUUGUUCAUCCGGAUGUAAUGGAGGCACAUGUCACCACCAAACUGGAAUAUGUUCACAAGGAUGUAUUGGAACUUCCUUUGGCCAUUACUGUAACAAUUCGUGCAGUGAUCACUGUGUCAAUGGAAACUGUCAUACAGUUAACACUGAUGUAGAUACGCCCCAAUGCACUGGGGGGUGUGACGACGGAUGGUGGGGGUACUACUGUGACAACACGUGUCUACAGCACUGUGUGAGAUGUGACAGACAUCAUGGCCAAUGCCUGGCGUGUGAAGCCAACAGAUACGGCGAGUCCUGUAACUUGACCUGUAACACUGCCUGCCUGAAGUCGCAGUGUAACAUGACAGGAGUCUGUAUAAACGGGUGUGAGGACGGGCGGUACGGAAGCCAGUGUUCUGAAAUAGAACCAAGAAGAAAUCAGACGCAGUUGCUGUGGGUUGUGAUUCCAUGUCUACUAAUAGCCAGCCUCGUCAUAAUGGCCGCUGUCGUCUUGGGGAGAAGUAAUGUGAGACAUUCAAAGAGAGUAAAAAGACUCGGAGGGCCACGCAGUUCCUCCUUAGUGUGCAUACUGAACCCAUCCUAUGAAGAAUCUCCAAGAGGUUCUACAACCCCUGUCGACUUAGAACCCCUGGACCCCGUCGAGGACGCAGUUAUGUCCCCUUGUGUUGACGACAGGACGAGAGAGGGACAGAGAUAUCAACACUCACAUUCUUUAGCAUCCGGUCACGUGACUGACACCGCAAUUCCUGACUGGGUUUGGUCAACGGAAGUGACAGUACAGAAUCUAGGACAAUAUGUUGGAAAGAUGAAGAGGGAAGGCGGUUUUACUUCCCAGUUUUACAACCUGCCCAGUGGGAAGCUAGGUUCCUGUACCCAAGCCGAAUGGCCAGAAAAUGCCUUCAAGAACAGAUACAGAAACAUACUACCGUAUGAUCACAGCAGAGUCAAACUAUCCCAUGUGCCGAGUAUCCCUGGUUCUGACUUCAUCAACGCCAACUGGAUCAAUGGAUACGGGGAACCGCGAGCAUUUGUGGCUACCCAAGGCCCCUAUGCCGCUGUGAUGUGGGAUUUCUGGAGAAUGCUAUGGGAAACGGAUGCCAGUAAAGUGAUAAUGCUGACGAACUUUGUAGAGAACAGAAAGGCUAAGUGUGAGAAGUACUGGCCCGACUUCGGCUACCAAGGCUCCAACUAUGACGAUGUCCAUGUUCAGUGUUUGGCCGAGGAGGAAAUGACGGACUACACAGUCAGGACGUUCUCUAUACACAUGGAAGGGCAGUCAGCGAGGACCCUGACGCAGUUCCACUUCACUGCAUGGCCAGACAAAGGGGUGCCACGAGGAGUUGGGGCACUUGUUGAGUUCUACAGACUUGUCAGGAACUCCCCAUCAACAAGCCACGGCCCAAUGGUCGUCCACUGCAGUGCUGGAGUGGGCCGCACGGGAACAUUUAUUGCUCUGGAUUAUUUGAUUGCACAAGCCAAGGCGGAAGGCGCGGUAGAUGUCUGUGAGUGCAUUGUCAAGCUCCGACACCAGCGUAUGGAUCUCAUACAGACAGAGGCUCAGUACAUAUAUCUACACGAUGCCUUAUUGGAAGCCCUUCCUACGUGUGACAGAAUGAGAUCGACAAGAGGAAACCUGUGAAUACAAGGUCAUGAAGGGGGUUGAGUACAUAACACUAUAAUUACAAUGACGACAGGGAUGUCUUAUGGAUUUCAACUAUGAACAGUUCAAGUAAUAUAGAAGUUGAAAUGCAUGUCAGCUUAUGUGAUGUCACUUACAGAUAUUUCGUCUCCACUUUGUUUUUCCGAACAAAACAUAUGCAUGUAAUUUGUUGAACACUUACAUUAUAUUUAAGCUCCUGUACAGUUGUAUAUAAUAUUUUUUUAUCUUUACAUGGACCGUUUGAGCGACAAUCAGUCGACCCUAAAACAUACCCAGAGUGUCUGGGUAGAGAGUGUCUUGGUUUAUGAGAGAGUCAUCUUACCGAGGCAAGAGAGUUAACUGACUAUAAAAGUCCAGUUUCCACCCUUGCCGAACUAGGCUGGUACUAUGGAGUUACAUUUUGGCUGGACUAACGAGUCUAUGCAUAGUCCAAUCAAAAUAGCGCACAGAAAUCGAAAUCCUGUUCGUAAACUGUCGUGCAGAUUUCUGUCGAUUGCAGGAUUUCCAAAGCAUG